UCACCUAUUGGCCAUCGCGGGAUCUCCACGUGGUGAGUUAUUGGCGGUCGAAUUCGUUUCGGCUUCGUUGCAGAGUUUCGCUUCGCGGUAUCCAUUGCCAUUGGUUUGGAGCUUCAAAAGCUUCUAAGGGCUCGAUUUCGGCACUUCACUCACUGAUCUGCAAGCGUUGAGAGGAGCUUGUAAAUAUGGAGAUUUGUGCUCCAAGGACUUGUCUGGAUAAGCAAGUUUCACUGAGUUCCCAGAAUGCAAUAAAGUUAAAGAGGGAAAACACGAAUAGCCUUUCAUGCAAUAUGGCGGCCUGGAGCUUUAGGAUGGAUUCUUUCAAGUUGGUCCAUUUUUAUGCACCUUCUGUGAUGAGAUAUCCUCAGAAUCGUCGUAGUCACAGAAGAUAUUCCUUGCCUGUCACUUCGGAAGAAUCUUCAAUGCAAUCAGAGGAUCCUGCUACAGAUGUAGAAGAGGAGAUUGUCAGCACAGAGGAACUUCUGGCUCAACCCCUUAGCAGCGAGCAGCUGAAUGCUUUACUGGCUGAUUCAGAAAGAGAAAAGCUUGUCAAAAAGCUCAGUCAUGCCAAUCAGCAGAACCGGCUUCUCAAACGACAGCUACACGUAAAGGACGAUGAUUUAGUUAAGUUGAAAACCGAACUUGCUGCCUUGGAACAUGAAUUUCAGGUUUUGAUCAAACUAGCAGAAGAAAUAGCGCAAUCCGGUAUUCCAGAAGGUUCGAGAAAGAUUAAUGGGAAAUACAUUCAAUCUCACCUUCUCACAAAAUUAGAAGGUGUACAUAAAAAGAUUGAGGAUCAGAUAAAAGAUGUACACUUGGUGCAGUCGAAGGAAAUUUCACUAUUUUGGUAUGGAAUGGCUGAGAGUGUGCAAGUUAUGGGAAGUUUUGAUGGGUGGAGUAUAGGGGAGGACUUAUCACCUGAGUACUCUGGUGCUUACUCCAAGUUCUCAACUACAUUAAAGCUCAGACCUGGGAGGUACGAAAUCAAGUUCUUAGUAGAUGGAGAGUGGCAACUUUCACCACAAUUUCCCACCAUUGGCGAUGGUUUGAUGGAAAACAACCUUCUAGUUGUAGAAUAGUUCUGCUUUCUGUCAAAGGCAUGUUUCCAAACUUGAAUUAGGGUUAUAAAGUGUGACUUAGUAGAACUAUGAUCUUCACAUUUAUGUAAGAUCGUCCUUGUUUACCGACUAUUUCAUGUUCGAAAAUCUAUCGACGUUGUCGAACUCGUUUAAAAUAUUCGAGUAUUUUCUAAAAUGAUUCAAGAUUAGUUAGAUUCAA